AUGUCGGAGACAGACCCUAGCAUCAUGGCGGUGGUGGCGCCAAACUCGGUCAUCAUACUGGAGGGCCAGCGCAACUGGAGCGUGUGGAAAUUCCAAGUGACAGUGGUAUGUGAUGAUGAAUAUAGAAUUUUAAAUUUGAAUUCCAAGUUUGCAGGUGCAAAUCGUGAUUCCUUUAUAAGGGGAAAACAGUGGUUUAAACACAUACAUGCAAUCUUUGCACCAAAAUGGAGAAAUUGUCUGGCUUUUAGGUAA